UUGAUUCCAACAGGUUUCUUGCGGAUACUUGGUCGGUGUAAGGACCUCGUAAUCUCUGGAGGAUACAAUGUGUAUCCAAAAGAAGUGGAAGAUUGCAUCGAUAGACUACCAGAUGUCAAGGAAUCCGCAGUCAUUGGUGUUCCACAUAAAGAUCUCGGCGAAGCACCAGUUGCAGUAGUGGCUAUGAGCUCAGAGAAAUUUUUGGAUGAGGAAGCUGUAGAGUCCAAAAUCAUUGCAUCUUUGAAGGAAGUACUUGUUAAGUACAAGGUGCCAAAACGAGUCGUUUUUCUACCAGAACUCCCAAGGAACACUAUGGCAAAGAUACAAAAGAAUGUCCUUCGAGAGCAGUACAAGCAUCUCUGUGAUAAGUAG